AUGGGCCCCCACUUGCCAGCGCUCUCUGCGUGCGAAGCACUCUGCUUCAAGACGGACGUGAAGAGCUUCGACUCGUCUUGCUCCAGCCUGUCACAGCCUGAGUGUGACAGCAGGCAGUUCUACGAGACCGAUGCAAACGGCACGCGCAAGGUGUGCUCUUUCCGAAGCCCUGGAGUUUGUGAGAGAUCGCUUCAAGAGAGCUGCGAAGCAUCACUGUCCAGCUGUCCCGCGAGUGCCAGUGCUAGAGACAGUCCGCUUGACGCCGUCAGCAACAGCUCGGUGUCCCUCUGCAGAUCCCUGUGCUACAAGACGAAUGUGGCGGUCACGAGUCUGUCAUGCCGAAGCUUGAGCCCGAGCCUCUGCGCCAGUUCGCAGUUCUUCGAGACCGACGAUGCUGGGCUUCGCAGGCCCUGUGUGCCUCGGAAAGGAAGGUGCGAAAUGGACUCAACGAACUUCUGCCCGGCUUGGCAGCCACUUUGCGUCGAGACCUUUCAUGGUCAGAAGGUGCCCAUCCUCCAGACCGCAGCUCUUUCCCCGAGCCAAGGCUCCACAGUGACGAGUACUCUCGCAAAAACAACGACGAUGUCGACUCACACCUUGCCCAGGCAGCACUCGGCAGGUCCGAGUAGCGUUUCGAGACCCACUUCCACGGGUCAGCCGACUGAAACUCACACAGGCGCAGGUAGCGAGGACUCCCCGCCGCCGUUCUGCUUCACUCUCUGUCAGAAGACGGACGUCCGGAGCGUGAAUUCAUCUUGCGCCGCCCUCUCCCUGACAUCUUGUGCUUCGGGGCAGUUCUUCGAGACCGACGGUGACGGAAAGCGAUGUGUCUGCAGACGACAGGCAGACCACUGCGAAGUCGAUAGAUCUGAGGUGUGCGACGAGUGGUGGCCCCUCUGUCAGGUAUCGCAUCACAGCGAGGCGGUUGUCAAGCUCCACUACGACAGCGACACGCCAGCUCCAUCUGCAGUCUCGGGCUGCUUCCUGUACUGCGACAAGAUCAACACCAGGAGUCGAAACCAGUCGUGCCACGAACUUAGCCAUGCGGAAUGUCACAGCGAGGUCUUUUACGAGACGGACCACGAGGGCAGCCGCCGAAUGUGCCAGCCCGUGGGUUCAGGCUGCGCUGGGAACAUCAAGACUCUCUGCGAGGCUUGGCAGCCGAUCUGUGAUGUCAAUGUGCACGCUCGCGUCGCGCCUGUCCACCCGCCCGUGGCAUCGUCGGACUCGCGGCUGGUGCGGUCUUCUCAUAAAGCUUCGGCAUCUUCGCAAACCACCUCGAUGGCUCCGUCCAGGGGUGACCUUGCCUCGAUGUCUCCAGCGGCGAAAGAGCCGGCUUCGAUGGCUCCGCCUCCGCCUGCGUCCAUGGCUCCACCUUCGACGGACGGUGCGGCCAUCGUCAGGGCCUUGCAUGGCGAAGCGACAAGCAAAGCGCUCGCUGCGUCUGUGGCAGCUCUUCUCCUUGCUCUGAGCUGA